UUUUGAUGGGUCUUGCGAGUUCAAGUUGUCAAAGUUUGUCUGUACAUCAGUGGUAGAAUUUUCAGUUAUUGACCUCAUCAAGAUAAAAUGCUUGUCACUAGGUCCAAGGUCAAGGUCACACUUGGAGGUCAAAGGUCAUGAUCACAACAUGUUACCUUACAGUGAAUGUAUCAAAGCUUCAUCUGUUAAUCAGCUUCUGUGAUAGCUCUGGUUUCAUCAAGGAAUUAUCUCAAGUUCUUUUGGGAGACCUGAAAGUUUAUUAUGUUUGUUUGGCCUAACAACAUUGAUUGACAUUAUGAUGCUGAGAUUUUUAAAUUGAAUAUUAGGAGAUUUUAACUCAAUAUUGACAGAUCUCAGUUAAUUAUGUACCUUACUGAAAGCAAAACAACUUUAAUGGAUUGCAAGUUUAUAUUGGAGAGAUUUUAGCAACAGAUUGUUGUUGAUUUCAUCUGGAGAUAUCAGGGGCCAUUAAAUGCUUGCAGCACAUUGCCAGGUAUGAUAACAACAGUGAUAUCACAUGGUAUCAUAUGGUAUAACAGGCAUAAUGAAGGGGGGAACAAGGCGUCUGCUGCAGGCGAUGUAACACCUCAGUGAAAGGGAGAUUGUCACUGGAGCAUGUAGAAAUAUGGCUAAUUAUUUAUCACCAAGAUGCCAGCUAAUUUGGAAAAUUAAAACAUGAUAACGUGCAGUGGGGACAUACAUUUUAGGUUUUUAGUGCAGAUGAUUCUUUUAGAGUUUUUCUUAUAGCUAUUCAUAUUGUUUUGGAUUACAUAUUGUGCAAAGUGUUGUGUGGAUGACAGCUUGAAUUUAAAAAAAGGAUGAAAUUAGAGCCUCUUUUUGACUUGAAAUAAUGUGUGUUAAUGAAUAAAAUUGAUUUUGUAUUAAGUAUGUUCUACUGAGUUGUGAUCAUAUUAUAACUUGUAUUGACUUAAACAUUUAACAGAAUACUAGAGCUGUGAAUGAGUUAGAAUAAACCUGCUAAUUAGCAUAAAUUGAAUAAAAUUUAGGCAUUUAAUGACAACUGUUUUAAUUUGCUUGAAGAUUUAGAAUAAAUUACCUAUCAGAUCAUGAAACAUGCAUAUUUUAUAAGCAGUGUAUGCAUUUUGUGUUUCCUCCUCGUGGAUAACAAAUGUGAAUUGUGAAUUUUUGCAAAUAGAAAAAUUAAAAAAAAGUGGUCCAUGGAAAUUAUAUUGACGGCUUCAGUAGAAAUCAUUCUGAAAUGUGAUUCUGUUUGAGAGAAAGUGGCUUUUGAAUAUUUUGUGAUUUUAUUGUAAAAUGUAAUUCUGAGAUGUUAAGAAAAUAGGAGAACAGUUAGAGCAGUUAUGAUUGGUUGGGGUAGUUUUAUGAAUGGAGACUGGAUCCUGAGAUUGAUCUUAUCACUGGUGAUAUUAGAGGCGUGUCAGGAUAGACAGCAGUGCCAUCUAGUGGCCAGUACAAAAACAUUCCAGCAAGAUCCAUGUCCUGGAACCAGGAAAUACCUCGAAGUUUCUUACAAGUGUAAACCAAGUGAAUUUUCAAGCGAAACAGUUUGUGAAGGUGACCAGUUAGAACUACGAUGUAGCAGGUCUACACGUAUUGCAAUAUCAUCUGGUCUGUUUGGUAGAACUCCUCAAGGAGACAAAAAAUGUCCAGAAUUGUUAAGAAAUACGUCGGCUAUAAAAUCAACUUGCCAGUCAAAAGUUGUUGUAGAGGAGUUACUGCGGCAGUGUCAUGGGAGGAAGAGAUGUACCAUAGAGGCGGAGGAAUAUGUGUUCGGAAAUCCGUGUCCUCCUGGUGUCAAUAAAUACCUCAAUAUUAUAUAUACCUGUGUUCCAAAAAGGGUGCUGGUACCGUUACGGCGGCAUAAUCACAGAAAACAUAAGAAUAAACACAAGACGAAUGAUGUAGAAGACAAAAACAAAAACAUUCCAUCAACACAUGUAAAUAAUAAAACAUCACCUCAUACCACCCAGUCUCCUGAAAAACCUUCAGCAGAUUUCCCUGACACUGCCAGGCAGCAUCCCAGCGAUCCUGUGAUUGGUAAAAGCAAAGAUUCCCAGAAUUUCAAGGAAAAUAACAAAUAUGAUUUAAAACCAGGCAAAGACAGUUCCUUAGAAACAGGAAACACAACUCCAUGUAUGAACCAGUCGCAUGGACAUAAUGGGCCAACUGCAACAGGUCUGCUUACAGACUGGUUAAAUGCAUUUAAUUUUAUAAAAGAGAAUAGAGAGAAAGCUGUGUUAUAUUUAGUGCUAGGUGUAGCGUUUGGAAUAAUAUCGCUACUCUUUCUUGUGAUAAUUAGACUUGCAAUAGUGAACAAACGGAAGUCGAAAGCUAAACUUGAUAUUACGGAACCAACCCACGCUGAUCAUCCGGCCCCUUCAAACCAUAUCGAGGCUCCGACCUUAGAGAGAACAGACUCUGUAGAUAGGAUUGAAGUGGUUCGAUUUAAUCCAAUGCGUAGUCGAGACUUCGCUACGUGUACAUUAAGAAGUGAUAUUGGAAACAGAAGUUUAACAAAUUACUAUGGAUGAUUCUAAGUGAAAACAAGUUGUUUUUUAUAAAGAGCUACAGAGCAGAUACAGAUGAAGGGGGAUAACAGUGAAAACUUAGAGAAGAGAGAUACUGAGAGUUGCCUCCCAUGUUGGAUUAUAAAUGUGAUAUAGUACCUCAACAGUGUUGGGAUGAUGCAAUAUGCCAUUAAUUUUCUGCUUUCUCAGCAGAGGAUUUUAUUCCCAAAGAAAUCUCCUGACAUGGUCUUCCCAGAUAAAAAAAAUUACUAGUAAAUGCUACCACCAACACAUUCUCUAGUAUGUGGGCAGGAUUGUAAAAGGUUUUAGAUUAAAAAAGCUUUACAGGCUACGAGGUCAAAAAAUAUAAAUACAAACCACAAGAAUUAGAAAAGUUUAUGGCUGGUCAGAAGCAGAGUGAAAAAAAAUGCAGAUUUUGAACACAAUUCAAACUUUUACAAUUUUUCGGAAAGGAGUUACAUUUUAGAAUCUGUAAAUUCUUUCACUUUAUUGUUUAACUUACUUGACUUCUUUAAUGAUGCAUUUUUGUUGACAUGAACAUUUUGUCUGGAUAGACUUGGUUCAGUUAAAAAUUUGCAUCACAGAAUCAUUAUUCAUUCAUAUACAUCUUUUAAUCAAAUUAUACUCUGAAAUGGCAGAUAUAUUGUUGAUGUUAGAUAUUGAUAUGAAGUUAUUGUGUUACAAACAUAUCAGUGUUAAAUGGCAAUUUUUAAAAUGUUUUUAAAGAUAUUUUAGAAAACAACAUACUCUUAUUACAAUGUUUUUGCAUACAUUAUUGACUGACACAAUGUUGUUAUGUUUUCUGGUCCUGUAGGAUCAUCAAGUCCAUUCAGUUUUUGUGUAGUAGAAUUCCGCUUAAACUGGGGACAUGAUUUGUGUUGUAUUUUCCAUUUCCUCCCAUGAACAAACUCUGUCAGACAAAGUUGCUAUUAUGUUACUUUGUUGAGUUCUAUGCAUUCAAAGGAGCUUCUUACUGACAUUUGUAAUACAAUGCAUUUUAAUACUUUUCAUGUUCUCUGUAAGGUAUAAAAAUAAAUACCCCACCAACACAAGCCAGGUGCCAAAUUAAAGUUCACAGAACAAAUGUUUGGAAGAUUUUGUUUAUUUCCAACAUAGUUAAAACAAUGAAAAGUUAGAGAAUUGUUAUAUAAUGACAUAAAAUUAUUAUGCCACAUUUAUAUAGCAUUUUUUUUGCAUGUGUUCAACACAUUUAUGAUUUUUAUUCCUUGCUUGAAAUGACAUAAUUUUAUUUUGUUGUCAAUUUUUCUUUAUAUAUCACUGGUGUCAGAAAAGAUAAGCAGUCUGAAAUUUCAAAGUAUUUUACACAAGUUUUCGUUAUUCUGAUGAAAAUCUAAAAAAAGUAUUAACUUGAUUAAAGUAAAUAAGUAAAUAGUUUACAAAUGUUACACCUGAAUAUUGUUUACAAUACAGUUUUUAACAUAAAGAUAAAACUGCAUCCAGCCCAAUGGCUCUGUGCAUGUUUAAGUCACCAAAUUUUCAACACUUUCAUUAAUGCAUGAAAAAUUAUUUUACAAAUGAAGUUAAUAUUCAAAAUACCCUAAAUGAAUUUCAGUAUAGAAUACUUCAUUAUCUUCUACAAUUACUGCCGAUAUUGGUGAUAUACAGAAAAAUAAGUGAAUCCAGCAUUGAUUGUUUUGUGAAAUUAAGUCUCACAAUAGACUAGAUUCUGGGUGAGUUUUUAGUAUUGGGUGAUGGUUUGGUAUCUAUCAUUUACAAAUUUCUAAAUGAUCUCCUCUGAAACUUGAAUAUCGAGUGUUUUGAAUUUUCAGUCUUAAAUUUAGUCUUCUAUAUUUUUUUUCAAAAAAAUAAAAAAUAUAGGACUUAUAAGAGUGUGUUGUUUUCUAAAAAUUGAAGAUGAUAUUAUCAUAUUUAUAUUAUAUACAAUGUCAUGUAUGUUCUACAUGCAACUUGUCUGAAGCAAUGGCGAUGUGUGGAUUUUGUAUGAAGGUGCUAUGAUUGUCAACUUUUAAUUGUAGCAAUUAUGAAAUUUUA